AUGAAACCUUUGGUUCAUAGUGUGUGGGUUGGUAUUGAAGAUGAAAAUGAUCCAAUUAGAGGUUUUAUACAAAAAUUAGAAUAUGAGUGCAAGAUACUAGAAAAGAAAAAACAGAAUGAAAGAAAGGAGGCUGAAAGAAUCAAACAACAUACUACUCCGAGGGAACCUGUUGAACAUGAUGUUUUAGAGCCUCAGAAAGACAAGAAUAACAAUAAAAAGGGGAAUGAACAAAAUGGAAAACAGGUUGAAUUAAAAGAAGUGAAUCCCAAGCAACAACCUGAUCAAAGAGGUAGAGAGCUUCAUAAAGACAAGUAUGCUGAUAAGUCAUUGAGAGGUAAAAGUGCUCCACCAAAACAGAUCAGAGGGAAAAGUGCACCCCUAAAGCAGACAUUCAAACCAACUGGGGUAAUAUUUGGAGUGGACAAACCUCAUCCUGCUAAUUACAUCAGUAAGGAGGACUCUAACAUUGUAGGAGAUGGAGGAAAAGGGACAGACAAGGAUGAUACUAUGGACAUGACUAUGCAAGAGAUAGAAAAUGUCAUAAAUGAAAAAGAGGGUAAUAAAAAUCAGGACAAAUGCAAUGAAAUAGUUGAUACAGGCAAAGAGGACAAUGAAAUAGGAAAUCAAGAAAACCAAAUAGUGUCCUCUGAAGCUAUUGAGACCAUGGGAACUCCAAGUGAAAUCACCAAAACAGUUACUUAUAACAUCAGAAACCCCAAUGAGCUACAGGUGGUCAUCAAUCAAGAAGAAUGGCAAACUGUUAGUAAUAGGAAGAAAAGGAGAUCACAAGAAAAUGAAAGAAAGGACAGUGAGACAGGUGAACGAAGUAAUGCAAAGGAUCAAAACAAAGGAAAGGUUGAUCCAAAUCAGCAAGGCUUAACAGAUAAGGACAAGGUGAGUGAAACAGAUGAUCAACAACAAAAUGUUGGAAAAGGAAAAAAUGAGAAAGAAAAUCCUCCUGAUGAAUGGGCAGAAGCAGACUCGACUGAGGAAGACACUUCAGAUGAGUCAUCAGUAGGAUCUAUGGAAAAAGAGGAGGAACAACAAGGAACUUGUGCCAAGGAAAAUAGCAAUGGAAAAAAGAUGAUCAAGCAGAAUGUUGAGACCAAAAAUGAUCCUAAUCUUAUGACAACAGACAGAAUCUCAGGAUCAACAAGCUCCUCUCACCAGGAGACAAAAGAAGAAUCUACAAAAACUUUCCAAUAA